GGGUGCCCUAAGAGGAACGUGCUUAGCAGAGGAGUCCAAUACCCGUUUUAUAAACGGGUCAAACCCACGGAAAACCACCAAAACCUCCAUUACCAGCACCUCAAAGUCUGAAACUGAGCCUAAAGCCCUAAACCCUAAGCCUCCAUUAGCAACACUCGAAACGGCACCGUUUCGCAGGAUGAAUGCUUAUAGCUGGAGCGGUAAUGGAGCCAAUGAAUAGAGCCAAUAUUGUUGCUUCAGCGCUGCUCGAACAAUGUUCCUUCUUUUCCAAAGGUUAUUGCGUAUCAGACACAGAAGCAACUCUCACCGCGUAAGCCCAUUUUCACACAAUUUUUUGAUAUUUUUUAGUGAUCUCCUUUGCUUUUUCCAAUGCCCAUUUGCCAGAAACGCCAAAUUCACUACUUUUGACGGAAUUUUCUUCGAUGACGAAACGAUGAAGAAAAUUGUGCGUGAAGGUAAGUGGGAUGAUUCUAGAAUAUUGCGACUUUUCGACUCUGCUUUAGCUCCCAUUUGGGUCUCCAGAAUCCUGGUGGAGUUGAAACGAGAGCCUAGGUUAGCUCUUAACUUGUUUAAUUGGGCAAAAACGCGGAGUUCAUUUCGUCAUACGACAGAGAGUUAUUGUCUGAUUGCUCACAUUUUGUUUUGUUCAAGAAUGUACAAUGAUGCGAGCAGUGUUCUAAAAGAAUUGAUUAGUUUGAAUAAUGGGAACAAGGCCACAAUUCCUUGUUCUGAUAUACUUGAUAUCCUGUGGUCAACUAGGAAUGUCUGUGUUCCAGGUUAUGGGAUCUUUGAUGCUUUUUUCAGUGUUAUGGUUGAAUUGGGGUUUCUAGAGGAUGCUUAUGGGUGCUUUUUAAGGAUGAGAAGUUUUAGAGUAUUUCCGAAAACCCGAUCCUGCAAUCAUCUUUUGGAUAGACUUGUAAAGGCAGGAGAUCAAGAUUUCUCUUGGCGGUUUUUUGAGGAUAUGAUUGCUGCUGGGCCUUCUCCUAACGUUUAUACAUAUAAUAUAAUGAUUGGUUAUUUGUGUAAAGAAGGGGACUUGGAUGCUGCAAGAAGAUUAUUUGUACAGAUGAAAGAGAACGGGGUUAAUCCUGAUGUUGUUACGUAUAAUUCUCUUAUUGAUGGGACUGGAAAGCUAGGGGAGCUUCAGGAAAUGGUUUCUAUGUAUGAGGAAAUGAAGGAAGCUGGAUGCCCUCCAUGUGUAGUAACAUAUAAUACUUUGAUUAAUUGCUUUUGUAAAUAUGACAAAAUGGACUUGGCAUUUAACUAUAUGAAUGAGAUGAAGAAAAGUAGUCUAAAACCCAAUGUUGUGACUUAUAGCAUAUUUGUCGAUGGUUUCUGCAAAAAAGGGAUGCUGCAAGAAGCAAUGAAAUUUUUUAUUGACAUGAGGCGAGUCGGUCUCAUUCCCAAUGAGUUCACUUACACUUCUUUAAUUGAUGCAAACUGCAAAGCAGGGAAAAUGGGCGAAGUUUUGAACCUAGUCAAAGAGAUGUUAGAAGUGGGGAUUGAGUUGAACAUAGUUAGCUACACGGCAUUGCUUGAUGGCCUUUGUGAAGAAGGGAAGCUUAGAGAUGCCGAAGAAGUUUUUAGAAUAAUACUAAAAGAUGGGAUCAUCCCUAAUGAAAAAUUAUAUACUGCUCUUGCACAUGGGUAUAUGAAAUCGAAAAGGUUAGAAGAUGCUAUGAACAUUUUGGAACAAAUGAAGGAAAAGAGUAUCAAGCCAGAUGUAUUACUCUAUGGAACUAUUGUAUGGGGUCUUUGCAACCAAGGAAAGUUUGAGGAUGCAAAGAUUUUUUUUGAUGAAAUGGAGGGGCAAGGUAUAGAAGCAACUUCUGUCGUAUAUACUACACUCAUUGAUGCUUGGUUUAAGGCUGGAAAAUCCACAGAAGCACGCAACCUGCUAAGUGAGAUGCAGAAAAGAAAUAUUGCCCCAACUGUAGUGACAUAUUGUGCAGUAGUUGAUGGUUUGUGUAGUUCAGGGUUUGUUCAGGAAGCAAUUGAUCAUUUUAAUAAUAUGCCAAACAUUGGUUUGCAACCUAAUCUGAUGGUUUACACAGCACUUAUUGAUGGUCUCUGUAAAAAUAAAUUUCUAGAGGCUGCUAAAAACCUUUUUGAUGAAAUGCUUGACAAAGGUAUGCUUCCUGAUAAAGCGGCUUAUACAUCUCUGAUUGAUGGAAACAUGAAGCAGGGAAAUGUUCAAGAUGCCUUGCUUUUGAAGAAAAGAAUGAUUGAAAACGGUAUUCAGCUUGAUCUUCUUGCCUAUAGCUGUUUGAUUUGUGGUCUUUCAAGAAAUGGUCAAGUGGAGCAAGCAAGAUGUUUGCUUGAUGAGAUGAUUGAGAAGGGCGUUUCUCCCGAUGGUAUUAUUUAUCAGUGUCUCAUAAGAAAAUAUUAUGAACUUGGUAAUACAGAUGAAGCUCUUUUCUUGCAGAGUGACAUGGUGAAAAGGGGCUGUACGGCCAUAAAAAGUGAAAAUGAUGUUCAAAAUACAUCUAAACUUGGUAGUUACAAAUGUCACAAGUGAAUAUGAUGUUCAAAAUACAAACCUAAGAGUGUAAUUAUUUGCCAUGUAGCAUUUUCAUAUGAAGGGAAAGAGUGAAACCUAAAGAAACUGCUGUCUGUUUCUAUGCCAACACUUCUUGAUCUUCCAAACUAUGGUGAUACUGCCUUAUAUACAUGCAUGGGACCUGGUUAAAGUGAUAACUGUCAUAUGUGAAUGAUUCUAUGGUGAAAGGCUGGAUUUGCUCUUCCAGCUAUGUUAUCAUCAUUGACAGUUAGGCCAUGAUUCAAGCCUUGAAAACCUGUUUGGAAAUUAGAGUUUAGGUUACCUGCAUAUUUAUCCUCCAAAUCCUGCAUAUUGUGGCAGCCUUGCGCACGGGGUCUGACCUUAAUGAUAUUGCUUUUGAUGCAGAAACAACGAGUGCAUUAGCGGCUUGGAACACGAAUGAUGCUGUCGCAGGAUCUCCAUGCCAAAAGAAACUUGUGUAGUGGACAGGCAUGCUUAUAGAUCUGUGAUUAUUUUGAGAUACAUGUAAAGUACCUCGGAAGGGCAUUAGAAGCAAAGUUCGCAAGUGAAGACCCUCAUCACCCACCCUGCAUUCUUAUGUAUUUAAAUCAAACGAUGUAUUGUGGAUUGCUCAUGAAACAUUGAGAUUUUGUAAGGACUUGAUGAUGAUACUUUUGAAGUUGAGCAUUCAGGUUGAGAAACCCAUAGGAUAGGAAUACAGCAAAUUAUUCUGUGGACCAAGAUAAGCCU